AUGGUAUCAGAAGAGCCGAUCUCUACCGAGUCACCGAUCCAAGUCCCUCUCAUGUCUACCCCAUCCGAUCAAAACCCAACUUUUUCUCUCAACACCCAACCUCCUUCCGCAGCCGAUAAACCACUCAUUGUUCUCAACAUCACUGCCCAAAUCAAUGAAAAGUUAACUCCCUCCACCUUUCCUCAAUGGCGUGCUCAAUUUGAAGCACUUCUUAUUGGUUACGAUUUACUCGACUUUGUCGAAGGCACCCUUCGGUGUCCCUCUUCUGCUGGUACCGACAUUGAUGAGUUGCACAAAACCCACUGGGUUCGACAGGAUAAAUUAAUCCUGAGUGCUAUUUUAGCUUCCACAUCCCCUUCAAUCACCCCCCUCAUUGCUACGGCAAAGACCUCCCAUGAAGCUUGGAAAAAGCUUAAAAAUUUAUAUGCUAGCCGAUCCCGAACUCGUGCUAUGCAAUUAAAGGAAGAACUCACUCUAAUCCAGCGUGGCAAUCGGUCUAUCACCGAAUAUCUUCAUGCUGUGAAGGCCUUGGCUGAUGAAAUAGCCAUUAUUGAUCAUUCAAUUUCGGAUGAUGACCUAACUCUUUAUGUGUUGAAUGGUUUAGGUCCAGAUUUUCGAGAGAUAGCAGCGCCUAUUCGAGCCCGAGAAUCCUCACUGGCCUUUGAGGAGUUGCACGAUCUUCUGGUUGGACAUGAAGCUUAUCUACAGCGCUUGGAAGCUACAACGCAGCAGCUGGUUGCUUUUGCAAAUUUCACAAAGACGAAGCAGUCUUCACACGGGGGCAAUAACUCGUGGUCCUUCAAGAAAAAUGACACUGCACGUGGAAAUCAAAGUUUUAGCCUAGGCCGAAAUAACAAUGGAGCCCAACGUGAUGGGCGUCGCUCCAACAACAACUCUGGACAAAACUUGGUUACUUGA